UCUCGAUCGCGGCCGACGUGAUCCGCCGGAAGAGCAAAGUAUAUCCAGUCUUCAAGAAGAGAGGGAUUGUCGCGCGAGUGGCGGCAUAUUUCUCUCGUUGUUCCCUGUUGGUCGCGAUUACAAGAGUUUUCGCCGUAUUUUACGCGGUCACCUCGUCGACAGAUAGUCGUCGUAGAGCGGGAUGGAGGGCAAGAAGCUUGAGCAGUUUUACACCCCGCCGCCAAAGCUUGGAAAAUGGGAGAGCUUCCGUAUCUUCCUCUGGAAUUCCGAGACUGGACAGUUCCUGGGACGCACUGGUGCCAGUUGGGCUAAAAUUUUGCUGUUCUACGUGAUUUUCUAUGCCGUCCUGUCCGGCUUUUUCGGCGCGAUGCUCGCUGUGUUCUAUCAGACGUUGGAUCCGAACGCGCCGAAGUGGCAGCUGGAUAACUCGUUGAUCGGCAGCAACCCGGGUCUCGGUUUUAGGCCUAUGCCACCUGAAAGCAACGUCGAAAGUACUCUGAUCUGGUACAAGGCUAGCGAUGAGGGUAAUUAUCUUCAUUGGACCAAGGAAUUGGAUAAAUUCUUGGAAGAGUAUCAAAGACCGGCUAGCGGCACGAAUGGUUUCGACCAAAGAGUGCCUUGUGAGUACGGUAGGCCAGCACCAGCUGGCAAAGUUUGCGACGUAAAUAUGUCCACCUGGGGACAGUGCACGAAAGAGAAUAAAUAUGGCUACAACAGAUCCGCACCUUGCAUUUUCCUGAAAUUAAAUAAGAUUUUUGGAUGGCAGCCGAAAUUUUAUAAUGACACAAAGAAUUUACCGCCUGGAAUGCCGGCAGAUCUUAAGCAGCAUAUCAAGCAGGAAGAAAGCGCCAACAGACUGGAUACCGUUUGGGUGUCCUGUGCUGGCGAAAAUCCAGCCGACGUGGAGAACAUGGGUGCGAUCCAGUAUAUCCCACGCCGUGGCUUCCCCGGUUAUUACUUCCCAUUCAAAAAUACUCCGGGAUAUCUAAGCCCCAUUGUAGCUGUGUUCUUCGAAAAGCCCAAAUACGGCGUACUCAUCAACAUCGAGUGUAAGGCAUGGGCGCACAACAUCAUCCACGACCGAUUCGAGAGGCGUGGCUCGGUGCACUUCGAGCUGAUGGUGGAUUAAGUUUGGCCGCUCCGGCCAAUCGCCAGAUCACCAACCGCGUCCACGUAGGAAGUCGCAAGAGAGUAGAACCAGAGAGAAGACGUUUCUUUUUUAAUCUGCCUCGUUGGCCGACCGCGAUCACGCCCUGUAUCAUCCGGUUUUCUCUCUGCCGACGAUACCGCCCCGGAUCAGCCUUACUUCUUCUCACUGUCGUCAUUUCAUCAGCUCACCGUCACACUUGCAACGAUAGCGACAGAUAGCUGUCUGUCUGCCACGUCAAUCGCCAAACGAGGGAGACAAAAAGAAAGCUGGGAAAGGAAAGAGUAGGAGGAAGCAACAGCAUCAGCGUGAGAGAGAGAGAGAGAGGAGAGAGAGUGAACUCAAUGGAGCAGUCGACUACAAUCGAGGUGCACAAACAAAACCAAACCGGGAAGGAGAGAAGGUGACAUGAACAAUCCCGCACAAAAGCCGGGCGGUAUCAUCCCUUAUUUCUGCCAGGAUAGUGUCACGGGGAGUGAUCUCGACCAUCGACGGCCGGUCGAUCGUUUUGCAAUACUUCAUUCGCGUGCGUGCGAGAUUCUCCCUUAGUUAAGAGAGCCCACCGCCCGUUCCGGUUAGAGAUCUUUUAAGCUUUUCGUCACACACGUUUCCUUUUCACGACGACGAGCUCGGCCGAUGAGUUCUCACGGCACCGCGAUGAUGACCGACGAUCUUGGUACGGUCACGUAGAUGUAUUAGAUUAGUGUGUUUCUGCCCAUCGCUACGAUACAUCCUGGCAUGUCGGCAUAUUGAAAUUCUUGGGCAUUGGCAAGGGAGUUCUCGUCAACUGGUACUCGGUGAAUUCUAUAAGAAAAGAUGGCAGGUACAAAGGGAUACAAGUACACACGCGUUAAGCUUAGUUGGAGUAAUUGUGAUCAAGAAACAAUGGUAAAUUCAAACUUUGGAGUGAUGUUAGAAUUUUGCAACUAAACGUUCAAUGUCUAUCAAAAUGUUAACGAAUCUCAAAAUUUUAUGAUAUUACUCUUUAUUCAAAAUUUCUUCAACUUUAUCAGUAUCGAUCAGAAAUAUCGAUUGAAAGCUUAUAAGAUAAUUUAGUUAUUAGUUUGUAACAGCUGUUGAUGUAAGAUAUAUUUGCAUUACGUAUAUUGCGCUUGUGUAUGUACGUGUUGUUUGUCAGCAACUGUUACUUGUAUUCCUUUGUUCUGGAUGUUUCUAAUUGAGAGUUGCAAUUAAGAGAUAUUAUAUCGAAUCUGCUAUAAAGUAUGCUGUGGAAGAGUAUUACCAAUUGGAUUGGAUGGAUUAAAAGUUUUGAUCGGCGGAGGCAAUCGAUGGUUACUGUCACUCAAUAGUAUAUCGAAUGUGAACACAAUCUAACAGCCAGUGUGAGAGAGGGAGAGAGCAGGAGAGUGGUCCAUAAAGAGGAAGGUCACUUGAUCAAGAAUAUGUGCAUCUAAAAAUGAACAUUACGACGUAUAUGAAAAGUCCACGAAUUUGCGAAAGAUUCGAGUUUGUAUAGAUACAGAAAGAUAUAUAAAAUAAAAAUACGUUAAAGCGCAUAUAAAAUAUAUAAUUACAGAUCAUAAUAUACUAAAGAAUUUUGUGAACUCAAAGAUUUAUGUGAUAUCAACGAUCUGUAUAUCUAAGACACUGUGGGCCCAAGAAUAUCUUAUCUGAGGAUGUAUGAGGGCAAGAAUCUAUACGCUCAGGAAUCUCUAUCAACAGCAAGAAUCAACGAGAAUCUACAGGUCUGAAGAUCUGUGUGCGUGGACCUAAGAAUCUAAAUUUACAAACUUAUGAAAUUUGCAAAAAAAAUACCGUAAUCUGUAAGUCCAAGGAUCUAUUGAUUUAACUACUUACUUAACAUUUAAUUCGCAUUUCUCAAGGUAUUUUCGCGAUGAAUCACAUGGAAAGAGAACUGCAACACCAUCAACACUGCAUUGACGACAUACAUCGUGAUAAAGAAGCACUCAUACGUGUUUAGCAAUGUACUAAGUAAAGUUCCGAAACUGCUACAUAAUUAUUAGAGACGAACUUCAAAGUCUAGACUUAAAAAAAAAUUUCGAGGAACAUUCGCGUGCGAUCAGUAAUUAUUACAUUUUUGAUAGAUAGGAUGUUAGCGCGUGCGAAAGAUAUUAUAUUGAUCGUAUAAUAUAAAAAUGUUACACCAAUGAUAUAUAUCGGUAGCCAAAGCAUUAAAACUGUUGAUACAUUAAUAGUGAUACUGAUCGUGGUAGCCCUCCGUAAGUACUUAAACAAUCGAAUUCAAACAAUUGAUUUUCGGGUGUACUUAAGCUCCAAAAGCUCCAUUGAUCUCAAACCAAGCUGUAUAAUCAGAAAUAGACAGAGUCCAGUAUUGAUCGACUGGCAACACAGAUUUGCGAUUUGGAGAUUUGUAUAAUUGAUUUCGUCAUGGUGCGGCGCGACACGGAUUGCAUAUUUAUGAUUAUAUUGUAUAACGAUAUUUAUAAUAUUGUUUCUCGCAAUUCUAUAUUCUAUAAGUUGUUGACUUCUUUUGCCAAGAGACCUGAAUGAGCAAUCGAGAGAUGAGGUAACGUCGAAUCAGCGGUAUAUGAACAUCUUCUAGUAAAAAUGGAGCUAGCAAGUGAGAAGACGAAUUUUGUACACACAAUUCUUUUAUGUAUAAUCUUAUUAGGCUAAUUACUGUGCGGACGAUAUGUAUUACAGUAGAGAUAAGUAUUGGUUACUAAAAAAUAUAGAUUUUAAAAUCCAUCAAUCUCUAUUGAUCCAUAGAAAUUCACUGAAUUCAUUAGCGCUGCGAACCUACUCCGCUACUGCAAAUUUGUAGCUUGAAAGACAAAUAGAUCCGUGGAUCUACAGAUUCACAGAUCCCAGCGAUCCAGAUGUGCAACGGGUUCACGAAUAAUGUAACUGUCAACAAUUCAAACUUACAAACUCGUUUGCUCGUACAUUCUUUGUACUUGCAUAUUAUUUUCAAGUACUGGAUAUGCAGUAUAUACAUAUAUAUAUAUAUAUAUAUAUAUGUAUGUAUGUAUGUAUGUAUGUUUUAAGACCGAAUUAAAACAAGCAUAUGUAUCUUGAGAUGUACAAGUCUCGUAACUUUUCUCAAAUAAUGAAUUAAUUGUAGACAAGUGUCUGAAAACUAUAACACGUCGUUUUUUAGACAUCUUUAAGACUUAACGAAGGACAUUUCGAGGCUUUCCAAGAGAACAUCUCACUUGUAGCGUCUUAAAGUAGUCUAUCGUAAGACAUCUUUUCGGAUUACACGAGGAACGAGCAAAAUGUUAUAAUAAUUAUUGUAAUCUAUUAAUUCCUAUGCGUAUUGCGUGCCUGAAAAGCUUAACGAAGCUAAAGCUUUCGAGAUAAUUAUAAUUAGAUCGCGGGUUUACACUAAACGCGACCUGCUCCACUUUCGUUGAGAGCCAGAUGAAGUUUCCUCUUCUGUCUUCAGUUCAUGUUCUCGAUUGUUUCUUCUAUCGUUACACCCGCAUGGCCGAGUAAUGGCCAUCAUAUCUAACCGAACCUGAACCUGAACAAGACGGACACGUCCGCGAUCUAAUUAUAAACUAUAAUCAGUUGGCAAUAAUAGGAAAUAAUAAAUGAAAUGGAGACGCCUAUUUUCUUAAUAUUACAUUCUGUUACCUCUUUUCUCCUACUUUCAAAUAUCCGCGCACGCAACAACCUGACCUUAGGUUCUCGCUUUGCGCAUGCGCAUCUGGCAUCCGGGUGAACGUCCACCAUGCAUACAGACGUGUCUGAAAAUAAUCAUACAUAAGGCCUCGUAACUAUGCUAGAGAUUAUUAACACUAAACCUACCGACGAUUUAUAUACACUUACUCCUGCCGAAUAUUAUCAAUAUAUAUAGGGAACAAAAAAGAAUGAGAUUGCAGUCAGGUUCGUCUGAAGACGAGAGUGAAGAAAACGACAAGCACAUUGAAAUUUCUGAAUUUCUGCCGAGUGUCGCACUUUUAAAUCAAAUAUUUAAAAACGGUCAUUUGACCAGCGUGGUAGGUUUAGUGUUAAGCGCACUACAGAUGAAAACAUUUUUGGACCGACAUAUCUUAAAUAUCACUGGGCUGAUAGAUCUACAGAUCGGUUGACUUGAAAAUAAACAGACUUGAAUAAACAAUAAAAAAGAGUCCUUUGCAUUCCGAGAUUCGCAGAUUUACAGAUUCUUGGGUAAUCUUCCAUGGGCAUUCUCGAAUCUAAAAAGUAUGUGUUCGGGGAAAAAGCAGAGAGAGAAGUGAGAAAAAGGGAGAAAAAGAGAAACUAAUGGCAUUUUCUACUGGGAAAACUGAUGCGACACUGUGCUGCGCAGUUGAUGCAAUUUUUGCACCAUUUUUGUUAGUAAAAUAUUAAACACUGAAAAUAUAUAUGAACUAAUUUUCAUAGUAAAACACUAAAAUGCAGUACGCACCAGUGUUGCAGUAGUUUUUUCAAUACAAAACGCUGUAUGAAGCUAUGGAGUUUGAUGCGGAAUUUUUAAAGUUAUGCUAAUAAACUAUACAUCAGGACGUCAAUGUUACUCAUCAUUGUGAGUGAUCUCUCUCUCUCUCUCACCUAACUUGUUGAAGUGUGGAGAAUCACACACAAAUCACGCUUAUUAAAAGGGAGAGAGAAAAAGAGAGAAAGAGCAAAUUAAGAGAAAAAAAGAGUAAGAAAAAUUUGAUACACACGGAGACAGAGAAAGAAAGAAACCAGCCUUCAACAAUAGCAUCGGGUUCAAGCUGAUUGUGUUUAAAGUGUUGGUCAACCACUUGAAUCGACGUCUGCUUUUCGAGUCAUCAAAUUUUAUUCAUCUAAAAGAUUUCUCCUUCGUCGGGAUUUUUGUCGUUCGUUUCGACUGCCUUUCGUACUCUAAAUCGCGAUGCGGAUAAGUCGCGUCUUUCAGAUUGUUCAAGAAAAAGAUUUCGACAAAAAAAUGAGACUUUAUGAGACCGAGAAAUGGAAAGAGACAGAAGAAGAAGAAGAAACUCGAUCUAGCAUGAUCUAUAACGCGUACACGUAUGGCGAAAUAAAUAUAUCACGCAUUUAUACCGCUAAUGUGCAUAUGUCCGUGUUGUUAUCGAUGGUGAAAGCCGAACUUGGACGUUUGUUCGAGCGACACACAGUGCUUUAUACAGUGGGCGGGUUACAGCGGCGCGAACCUAAUUAACGAAGGAAGAUUAAAUUAGAUAAGGUACCGUUUAGCGAAUACGUUCCAGAGAUCGAUAGAUUAUAUGUGCAUGCAUUCUUGUUAAAAAAAGUCCUGUUUGUCGUUGAAUUAUUGAUAAGCCGUGUGUAGUGUUAAGUGCAGUGUCUAAGCAGUGUCUUAUGUACGUGUACAUGUCAGGUAACGCUUUUACGGACGUGUAAUAGAUGUGUAUAUAAAGAUGUACAACGUUACGAUAGUUCCACAUCUCGCGACUUCUUAGUCGAGGAUACACGAGAUAUUAAGAGCGGGAGCGGUCGUAGCUUCACUUCAGAUACAACUUUGUGUGAAAGGUGAACCUACGAGUUAUGCCCAUUCCAGCUCUGAACGCUUCACGUGUACACAUACACGAUAUAGAGUAUAAAUAUACUGAUAACGCGUGGUGGAUAGCGAAAUGAAGCGAAUUUUCAGAUUGUGAUCAGUAAUUAAUAUGUAACUGUGAGUAACGAUCCUAUUUUGCAUGUUACGGAUGUCAAUCGACAUGUGUCGCAAUUAAGUGACCGCCAAAUUGCUUCUCGCUGACGUCGAGUACAACGCGAUGAUUGGCAUCCGGCAAUUAAGUAACUUAAUCAUGAAAACGUCGGGCGAGGAAUUCGCAUCGUCUUCGCAAUACACCGCACUGUUAUCCGCAAAGCGAGAGGCUCAACUUUGUUCACGAAGCUGUUGCACGUACGCAUCACGCGUAAGGCGACGUCUCUGCGUGAGGAACUUAAAUUAAGAUUCAUCGAGGAUAAUCCCCUGAGGGACUGCUUCGAUCGUCUAUAAUCGAAUUCUGCGCUCUACUUUCCACUUCUUUUCACAUUCUUGCCAUUUUCCGUACGUACAGGGAAGAGGUUCAUCGAAAGCGUGCACACCGAAACUUGAAGAAAAUACUUUAAGGAACAGUAGUCGAAAGAGACACGCCGAGGUAGUUGAUACACGCGUAAAAUGUAACAAGCACUCUCGCGAGAGCUUCGCGAUCGAUCCGCGAGAUCAUAUAUGCGAUUCUAGAUUAUUUUUUCUGUCGUGUAGAAAGCGGCAGACUUAAGGCAGAGAUUAGCGUUAAUUUGGGCACUUUAAGAUUUAUAAGCUUGUUGUCGUUGAUUAAGAUAAUCGUACCGCGAUUUAGAUCCGCUUUGCUAAUAAUUACCACCAUCGUCCGGAUAAUCGAUAAUCUCUAAGAGAUUAAUAUCGAGCGGCGAGCGGCAGAAUACUAGCACCGGUUUUUCUGUCAGUAAUCGAUUUAGUGAAACGCAUCCUGCCACGAAUUAAUCAAAUAAUAGUGCUAUGCGGUAUUAAAAGGGAAGAGUCACCGUUAUCAGUCAAGGAUAAUAACGCAUCCGAGAAGAAGUGUGAUUGCAACGACGCAAUUUACUCGCUCGUUACUCGGAUGAACGCGUCGGGUUUGGGUGAAUCCACGUGCGCGCUGUGACUUACGAGAAAUGAAGAAAAGUGGACGAUGAGAUGGAUGGAUGAAUGGAUGGAUGGAUGGAUGUGCUUACCUGAACAGUGAUGGUAAAGACGCGAGCGUUUCAUUUCUAGCGACGCGGACUUUGCUUCGUCCUGAGUUCCCUUAUAUGAAAGCGUAGAUAACUGCUGAUUUGCGAUGCUCGGAGUCGUUUUCGCUUUACGCUUCGGACUCCCUGAAAACAUGAUCACACUUCGGUUCGACUCUGUGUAACCUUGGUUUCGAGAUGCAGACGUUAUCGUAGACGGCGGAGGAUUUAAACACGAUUGGCUAAUAAGACACGCGAUAGAGAGGCACGACUGUUGAUGAUAUCAUUAUACUUGAAAUGUGUUAUGGAGAAUAAAUCGGAUCUACA